AACCCUAAACUUUCAAUGGCGAUCCCCACAAUUGCUUCUAAUUUCUCUCUUGUCCCUCCCAAAACUUCUCCAUUUUCUCGGUACACAGUCCUCCUAUCCCGCCCCCAAACCCUCCGGUCAUUUCCCUUAAAAAUCCAAGCUUUCAAACCCAGGCCGGCCCCCAUUUUUCUUUCACUUUCUGGUGAAAGGCAUGGGCUUUUCCGCAAUCGAAAACCCGAGUUUUAUGCAAAUGCUGGCAAUGGAGGAGAAGACGGUGGUGUUGAUGAAGCGGAGAGAUUGGCGAGAGGAGAGAGUACGAUGCCGGAGAGGUUUCGAUACUUGACCAAAGAAGCUUCUGAUCCUCCUGUUAGGUGGCCUUUCUUUGUUGCCGCGGCAUUCCUUCUCUAUGCAUGGAGAGCUGUUUUGUUGGAGCUAUCUAAUUGGAGAAAUGCUGCUCUCGGUGUCGUUCGUUUUGUCGGAUACCUCUUGAAACUUGUUCUUGCCCUUGCUUUCCAUUUCAUCGGAGAUCCAAUCACCUCCAUGAUCAGGUGUAUCGAGAAUGCGAUCUAUAGCGUGAGAGCUUUCUAUUCCGGAAUCGUGGCAUAUGCCGCUGUUAAAGAACUUACUGUGAUUAUUGUGCUUGCAUCGGCAGUUCUUGCUAUUGCUGAGGCUACUGUUCCCAACUCGGUUAGCUGCCAGCCGUAUAUGCUCACUAUAUCCGGUCUCAUUGGCUAUGCAGCCGUGACUGGCUAUAUUUCUGAGCCACUCUACUGGACUCUUUUGUUGGGGUUAUAUAGUUUUUCACGCUUGAUUAAAAAGCGCGACGAUGUUACAUCGGUACUGCCUGUUGCAGCUGUAAUGGCUGCCAUUGGGGAGCCUUGGGUUAGGGUCCUGGUGAUUACUUUGUAUCUAGCUUUAGCUAUCUUUCACCAUUCAAAGAAGCUUUCAGAAGUAAAGGAGGAAACAGAAGAUAUAGCUACAGAGAAGCGGCUUCCGAUGCCAUUAUUAGGUGCAGCCUUGGCCAUCGGAAUCAAUCUUACUGCCAAGUGGGUUGGUUACCGGCAUUUGACAUGGAUGAUAGUAUGAGGACACGGAAUCAGUCUGUAACGACGUUGGUGUUUCAUCCGUUUUGUAAUGGCUGGCAUGUUCUUUUGGGAAAUAAUUUUGUAUCCUGUUAAUUCGUUUCAUGAUUUUGGGAAUAACAGCCUAUUUCCCC